GGAGCACAUCUGUGUUUCCUUAGCUUCACUUCACUUCACUUGUACAGUUGUAGGUAGAUUCAGUCUUUAUGAGCUAUCUCUUCUGAGUUACAUUGUGGAUAGUUUUCCUACUCCUGGUGGCUUCUUGUCAGUUUUGCCAGAUAAAUCAUGGCUGGUUGGCCGAAGUGGCUGAAGUGGAUGUGGCACCACAGAAACUACUUCAUCAUCGUUUUCACUCCGCUUGCACUCCUUCCCCUGCCACUCAUCAUCCCUACAUCGGAAGCCCGAUGUGGUUACGUCAUCAUCCUCAUGGCUCUGUACUGGUGUACAGAGUGUAUGCCUCUGGCUGUGACCGCCCUGCUGCCAGUCAUCCUCUUUCCCAUGAUGGGCAUCAUGAAGGCUGGAGACGUCAGCAUUGAGUACCUGAAAGACUCUAACAUGCUGUUCAUUGGUGGCCUCUUGGUGGCCAUCGCAGUGGAGCACUGGAGCCUUCAUAAGCGCAUCGCUCUACGAGUUCUGUUACUGGUUGGUGUUCGUCCGGCCCUGUUAAUGAUGGGCUUCAUGAUCGUCUCGUUCUUCUUGUCCAUGUGGAUCAGCAACUCGGCCACAACAGCCAUGAUGCUGGCCAUCGCCCAGGGCGUGCUGCAGCAGCUGAAGGCCACAGAGGCUCAGGCGGACGAGAGAGAUUUCCAGGCUGCAGCCGAGGACAACCGCGCGUUUGAGCUGGAGAUUCAACAAAAUAAAGAGGCAAAGAAGGACGAGAAACAGCCAGACACCAAGGUUCAGCUGGAGGACAGAAAGUAUGAACAUGAGUGGAGUCCAGAGUCUUUGCAGGAGUUCAAGAGAAAAGCGAUGGAUGCGAAGUACCAGCUCUUGACCAAAGGGAUGAGUCUGUGUGUGUGUUACUCCGCCAGCAUCGGAGGCACGGCCACGCUCACCGGAACAACCCCGAACAUCAUCCUUAAGGGUCAAAUCGACAAGCUCUUCCCCAGGAAUGAUGAUGUCAUCAACUUUGCCAGCUGGUUUGCCUUCGCUUUUCCCAACGCGGUGCUCAUGCUGGUGUUGACCUUUCUCUGGCUUCAGUUUACGUUCCUGGGCUUCAACCUGAAACAGUCAUUCGGCUGCGGCAUGAAAAGCGACAGAGAUAAGGAGGCGUACAAGGUGAUGAAGCAGGAGUACAAAAAGCUGGGGCCUAUGGCGUUUGCUGAGUGGGCAGUGCUCACCAUCUUCGUCCUGCUGAUAGUCCUGUGGUUCACCAGAGAGCCGGGCUUCAUAGAUGGCUGGGCAACAGUGUUCUUCAAUAAGGGGGGGCCGUUUGUGUCCGAUGGAACCGUGGCUAUCUUAAUGUCCAUGCUGUUCUUCGUCAUCCCCUCCCAGAUGCCAAAGACAGGAGGCUACGGCAACAAUGACGAAGGUAAGAUGUUGAACGCUCCCUCCACUCUGCUGGACUGGCAGGUGGUCCACGAGCGAAUGCCCUGGCACAUCAUCCUGCUGCUGGGAGGAGGCUUCGCUCUGGCUGCUGGCAGUGAGGAGUCGGGUCUGUCCAAGUGGCUGGGAGAGAGCUUGGCACCUCUGGAGCAAAUCCCCCCCUAUGCCAUCUCAUUGCUGCUCUGCAUGCUGGUGGCAACGUUCACUGAGUGCUCCAGCAACACAGCCACCACCACCCUGUUCCUGCCCAUUCUGGCCUCAAUGGCCAUAGUUAUUAAGAUACACCCGCUGUACGUGAUGAUCCCCUGCACCAUCGCAGCCUCUCUGGCCUUCAUGCUGCCUGUGGCCACACCACCCAACGCCAUCGCCUUCUCCUUUGGAAAACUCAAAGUCAUGGACAUGGUGAAAACCGGCUUCGUGCUGAACAUCAUUGGGAUUUUGACCGUUAAUUUAGGCAUCAACACCUGGGGAAAUGCCAUAUUUGACUUGGGCACCAUACCUCAUUGGGUAAACAUUACAGAGAGCAAACCUUAAGCGUGGGAGGACGGAGAGGGAGACAUGGAGAACGGGAAUGACACAGAAUUGGUUUUCAAAGUCCUUGGAAUCCUCAAAAUCUUCAGUGUUCACUAAGAAGCAGUUUAAAAUAUGUAUGACUAAAUAAGCAAUGAGAAAGAAAGGGAGUAAAUCAAAGGUUAGUAUAUGUGGUAGAGAAAAUAAAGUUUAAAGAUCACUUAGAUCAAGUUUCGCUUGACAUACCUUCAUACAAACCUGUAAGUAAAUAUAAUGAGACCAGCUCUAUAAUUAGACGGACUCUCCCCUGUAUUUGAUUAGUACUUCCUGGUGUCAUUCCAGUGACAGAACAAAACAAAAAGAAGUGUUCAUUAGAAAACUUCCUUGUACACACUUCCUUGUACACACUUCCCUAAAUGUGACGUCAUAUUUUUGAUCUGUGUAUCACUCACAAAUGCUACACUGUGUGUGUGUGUGUUUAUUUAAAAUGUGAUUAUUCUGAGUGGUGUUGUGUUUACAAACAAUGUGAUAAUGAGGGGACUCUGAAUCAAUGUAUAAGUUGAUUUAACUUAUUACUGUGGCCUUCUGUUGUUACAGUCUUUGUUUAUUGUCGCACAUUUUAUUUUUCAUCAGCAUUUUUGUCACGCUAUUUUAUUUUAAGUGCAUUUCUUAACUUUUUUGAUUAUUUGUUUUCCUCCAAGGGACGUUUGAAUCGUACAUUUUAAAUACGCUGCCUAGAUGAAUACCGGGUAUAAUCUAAUUGAGGAAAAGUUUUACAUUUUGGGAAAUACACAUAUUUGUUGACCCAUAUUUGUUUUCUGUGAAACUACAGCCAGAACCUGGUUUUCUUAGAUUAGCAUAAAGACUGGAAACCUCACUUAUUGACUUGUUGUUUGUUUAAUGGGUAUAAAAACACAAGUGUAAAAAUGUUAUCCAUCAAAUUAUUUUUGGUUGAUUAAACAAUAUAUAACUUCUUGAUUAUGAGCAUUAGAGGUGCUGGUGGGCUAAUUUUUAACCAUUGACUAGUUAACCAUCUCCUCACUCCAUCUUCACACUGAAGGGACAAACAUGAGGGUGGAAUUAAUCUUCUUAUCUCAGCCAGAAAGUGUAUUUCCCGAAAUGUUGAAUUAUUCCUUUGAUAGAUAAAUUCCAGUAAUUUGUAAAUUCCACAUGUACUCAAAGUGCAGGAGACAAUGAAAAACAUCCAGUAUUAGUAAGGUGUCCAGAAUAUCGGAUAGUGUGAGCACAGAUGAAAAGGCUGGUUGAAGGCUAACUUUGAGAUAAGAAACUGCCAACAGGAUACGAUUGUAGUGGAGGUCAGUAUGUACUGUGGUAAAAUGUAAUAAACUGAAAAUGUAAAGGAGAGAGGUAACAACCCAGCAGUGUUUUA